AAGAGGCACUUUCGAUAAUCGUUAUCAUCAUACGUUAGCGUCAUACAAUAGCGAUUGUAGAAAGAGAAUCUGUAUGUAACGCGACUACAGCGUGUGUUCUGACGGUUGUCAGGCAGUUGUGAUACACUCGUACCUAUGUUUGCAGCUACAUAAAAAAAUAUAAUCUCCGUUAAACCUUUUUAUAUCAAGGAGACGACGUGCACAAAGUUCUACAAAUAUUUACACGAAAAAUACAAAUGUAAAUAGAAAGACACAAAUAAAUUUUUUUAGAGUUCAAACCUAUAAAAUAAAAAUGUUGAAUGACAUUGUAUUCUGUGUGUCCACAAUCUUUUACGCCGUAGGGAGUUCUAUCCGUACUCAAGUUACAGUGUAUUCCGAAAACAACUUAGAGCUCUAUUGCUCCCAAAACAAAUGUAUAUAAAAAAGAUGCCCUUGUACAUCCCUUUCUCCCUUUCCACUGCAUCAUUGCCAAAUGAUAAUUUAAAAUAAGCAGUGAACGUAGCAUCUUCAAGGCAAGUGUACUCCGCAUUAGGUGUUUGGAGUUAUAUUUAAAAAAAUAGCUUGGCUCCACUGUUAAAAUCCUUAAACACUGAAACUUAUGCAAUGAAUAUUUAUUGUAAUAGUGUGACACUGAACCCUGCGUGAGAGCCAACCUUGAGUUACUUUUAUGGUUUAGUAAAUACUUCAAGAUACUAGUAGGUAUAUAAUCACAUCAACCUUCAAGCGAAAGAUAUAUGUAACUAAAUAUUAUAACUAUGAGGAAGUACACGGCGCUCUGGCUAACCGUGACAUUCCUUAUAAGUCAGCAAGUUGGUUGCAUAUCUGCUGAUGAUUUACCUGAUGAUGGCGCACUGGACUCCAUAGGACUCGCCACAAAAUACGGACAUCCGCCGACGCAGUACGACGUGGUCACUGAAGAUGGAUACAUCCUCGCAGUUUACCGACUGCCGGGUGACGGUAGUAUACCAGUUUUAUUCGUUCACGGUCUCGCAGACUCCACUGACACUUUCUUGAUCAGAGGCAACACUUCACCGGCAAUAUACCUCGCCAACAAGGGAUACGACGUGUGGCUCGCCAACACCAGGGGCAACAGAUACUCGCGACGUCACAAGACCCUCGACCCUGACAAGGACCCCGAGUUCUGGCAGUUCAGCUUCCACGAGAGGGGCUGCUACGACCUGCCAGCUAUCAUCGACACCAUUUUAAACGAGACCGGCGCGAAAAACCUGACCGCCAUCGGCCACUCCGAGGGAAACACAAAUUUCUACGUACUCGGCUCGGAAAAAAAAGAAUAUAACUCGAAGAUCAACGUGCUGAUAGCACUCGGGCCCGUCGCGUACGUACAAAACUUGCCUGCACCGGCGUCCAUAUUAGUACAACUGGAACCGGUGAUCAGUGAUCUAGUGAAUAUUCUCGGCCUCAACGAACUCUUCGGCGACAACACCACACUCGGAACCAUUUCUCACACGUUAUGUUCCGUCCCAAUUCUCGGGUACACAGUGUGCGGUUACGGUCUGCUGUUUCCUUUAGUCGGAUCUGAUCCCGCAGAGUUGGAGCAAGAUUUCUUUCAAAAACUCGGCCCACACUACCCUGGAGGAAGUUCAUAUAAGAGUUUGCUGCACUUUUUGCAAGUGGGACAUAGGAAAACGUUCGCCCAAUACGAUUACGGCAAUGAGACCAAUUUAAAAGUGUACAACUCUUCGGAGCCGCCGUUGUACCAACUAGACCAAGUCACUAUGCCGGUGGCUCUGUACACCGCCGCUAACGACGGUUUCUCAACUCUAGCCGAUGUGGCGAUUCUGCAGAGCCAGCUGCCGAACGUCGUGUACUACCUGCUGAGCCCCUACGCGCUGUGUAACCACGUAGACUACGUGUGGGGCCGAACCGCAAAGAUCUACUUUUAUCCGUUUUUAGACAUCAUGUUGAACCGUUACAACCCCUUGUAGAUGCAACAAUAUCGUGUAUCGCUUUCCUCUCUUGAUAUUGUAUUGAGUUAAUGCAUUGUUACAAAUUUACAAUUAAAUCAUAUUCUUAAUAUUAAAAA